GACCGCACCUGCUGACACUUCUCAACGCCAAACUAGUUCUCUUCCCUACUUUAAUAUAAACCCACUGCUGGUCGUUCUGGUCGUGAAAGGUUUUGGUGCAUUAACUGUUUGUUUUGAGUAUAGAAACAGUAGUAAGUGUAAAAAGUGUACAUAUACUAUUUAACAACAGUUCAGUCUACUUUAAAAUCUAUAAUAAUAUUUAAAGGGCAGGAGUUUCUGUAAAGGCCUGUUGGUUUCUAUGUUAAGCGUCUCCUGUUCUCUUCUCAGUACAGAUAAACGUGAUGUAAUGAUUGUGUAGUAGACACUGGCAGUAAAGAUUCUGCAGAACGGCUUUAAGGUCAGUAAUUCUCAGUGUGAGGGGUGAACAGUACACAAGGCCUACAGUCACUCUGUUUCUGAAUGGAUCGUUUUAUAACGCGAUUAAAGAAACUUCGUGAGCAUCACAAGAAGCAGGAGGAGAAGUAUCAGCACAUCCUCAACCAGCAGGAAAAGGAGCAGCAGAAGACUUUAGAGCUGCUGAACAAGGUAAGAGAAUCUCAGGUAAACCUUCUAAUGAACCUACUUGGGCUCCAUGUCUGAAAUAAGUAGCUGAUAUUUAGAUGAGUCGCGUGACUCGGUUAUACUGUUUAACUGUAGUGGAUGAAGUUCAGUGUUAGAGCAGAGAGUCGCUCUUUAACUCGCUUUAUUUAUUUCACAAUUUAAACACUUCAGUUCAUUAAACCGCUCAGACGCCAUACAGCACGUGCCGGUUCAGCGCGUGUCGGUUCAGCAGCUCGUGCUCGUGUAUCUAACGGCUGUUCGGCUCGUGCGCGUUCACAGUUCAGCGGUUCGGUUCGGCUCGGCUCGGCACUGCAGUCGCACACGCGUGGUAGCAUGGAGAACACAAAGCCUGUUGGCCGAGUGAGGCCAAACAAGAAGGCUGAGCAGGAAGAGAGUGACGAGUCCAUUAAUUUGUCUGAAGAGGAUCUGGUGUCAUCACAUUCGGAAUAUGAACCUGAUGGCAGCGAGUCUGACUCUGAAAGUUGUCUCUCCCUUUCAACCCAGCUGUCUUCCAGCUCGGUCCUGUCCAAGGAAGUUGAAAACGAUGGUGAAUGUCCGCCAGGCGAAAAGAAGCAAACGACAUCCUCGAGAGCUCCACCCCCUCAGGAUCAUUUGGAGACGGGUGUCGAGGGUUCUUGUGGAGAACAACAAUCAGAUGGUGAAUGUCUGCCAGGCAAAAAGAAGGAAAAGAGGUCCUCAAAGGCUUCAUCCCCGAAAGAUAAGUUAGCAACAUGUGAAGAGGAUUCUUGUGGAGAAGAAAAAUCAAACCGUGAAUGUUCGCCAGUCAAAAAGAAGCAAAAGAUGUCCUCUGGAGCGUCAUCCCAAGAAGAUCAUUUGGAGACAAGUGACAAGGAUACUUCUGCAGAACAACAAUCAGAGAACGUUCGUUCCCCUGUCCAAAAGAAGAGGCCUUCCUCCAGGACUCAAAAUGCAGACCUUGUUGAAGAUGUAGAGACAAGAAAAUCAGAUCGUAAACACACAGUCCAGCCCAGGCGACCAUGGACCGACAGAGAGAAGGAGGCAGUGUGGCGUCACCUGACAAAGUAUCGUGCCCUAAAGAAAGUUCCAGUAAAAGCGGACUGCCUUCGGUGCAUCCAAGCAGAGCUUGCUUUGAAGACAAGAACAUGGAAAGACAUCAAAAAUUUUGUUUACAAUAGUAUUACAACAGAAAAGCGAAAGGCUGCUUCUCUCAUUACAAAAACCUAGACAGUAGAUCUGUUUAAGGUACUUUGCACUUUACAGUACAGUUACAGUUCAGAUCAGUGCAGCUGCACACCACUGUUCCAGUUAACCCUGCAGCUCCACACUACAGUUCAGGUGACUGUACACUACUGUUAAUGUAGAACUACCUCUACA